UAGUUAUUUAUGUCUAUGAUUUGCACGUGUUGGCGCCGGUGCGUCAGUGCGCAUGCGCUUUGUUUCCGGAUUGUGUGUCAUGGCGGCGUAUGUGGACAUACUGAAGAGCGAGUUUCCGCAGAUCGACUGCGAAGUCUUCGAUUAUAUCACCGGUGUGUUAGACUGUGGCGGCUCUGAUUUUGAGGAUGCCGAGGAAGUAUUUGAUGCCAUCGGUGGCGUUCUUCAAGAGGUCGGUGAUAAAAAUGAAGAUGACAUACGGGAGAUAUGCUUCCAGAUGUUCAGCACACUUCAUCUGACGAAAUGUAACUCUGGUCGGCAGCAGGUGUUGUUGGAGGCUCCAGUACAGCUAUCCCAGGUGUCUGCAGAUGCAGCCGCACCUGCUGAGGACGUUCAUGGUAUAUGGAUGAUAAAGAGGAACCAAAAUUCAACUGUGGAUGCCAAGAAACUGGAGAAAGCAGAAGCCAAACUAAAGGCCAAACAUGAGCGCAGAAAUGAGAAAGACUCACAGAAAACCUCCUCUCCGCUAGUUUUGGAGGAGGCAUCGGCCAGUCAGGCCAGUAGUAAGAAGGAAACUCGCGCCGACUCCUCUGGGAAGAAUCGUAGUUAUGACAUUCGCAUUGAGAACUUUGACGUGUCUUUUGGGGAGAGGUGUUUGCUGCAGGGUGCUGAGCUGUCAUUGGCCAGCGGCAGGCGCUACGGUCUGGUGGGCCGUAACGGGCUCGGUAAGACCACUCUGUUGAAGAUGUUGGCUAGCCGGAGUCUGCACGUCCCCUCGCAUAUUUCUAUUCUGCAUGUGGAGCAGGAAGUGGCUGGCGACGAAACCACUGCUCUACAGAGCGUUCUAGAGAGUGACAUAGUCCGAGAGAAGUUGCUCAAGGAAGAGCGCUUGCUCAAUGCGAACAUCGCCAAUGGAACCGCUGAUGGUUUAGAAAGUGUUCGUCUCUCUGAGAUUUAUGCCCGACUUGAAGAAAUAGAAGCAGAUAAAGCACCAGCCAGGGCAUCAGUCAUUCUAGCUGGUUUAGGCUUUUCACCCAAAAUGCAACAGCAAACAACCAAGGAGUUUUCUGGAGGAUGGAGGAUGAGGGUAGCGCUAGCACAAGCUCUCUUUGCACGGCCUGAUCUAUUGCUACUUGAUGAGCCCACAAACAUGCUGGAUGUCCGAGCCAUUUUGUGGCUGGAAAACUAUUUACAGACGUGGGUCUCCACCAUCCUUGUGGUGUCUCAUGAUCGUAACUUCCUGAAUGCCGUAGUGACAGACAUCACACACCUGCACUCCCAGCGGUUGGAGAGUUACCGUGGCGAUUAUGAAAACUUCAUCAAAACAAAGGAGGACCGGCUGAAGAACCAGCAAAGAGAAUAUGAGGCGCAGUUACAGUACAGAGAACACAUACAGGUUUUCAUCGAUCGCUUCCGGUAUAACGCCAACAGAGCCACUCAGGUGCAGAGUAAACUCAAGCUGUUGGAGAAACUCCCUGAACUGAAGCCCAUUGAGAAGGAGACUGAAGUCAUAUUGCGGUUUCCGGAUAACUUUGAGAAGCUAUCUCCGCCAAUCUUGCAGCUGGAUGAGGUGGAGUUCGGCUACACGGCCGACAUGAGGCUCUUCACGCAGCUCAACGUGUCAGCUGAUCUAGAGUCUCGCAUCUGCAUCGUUGGUGAGAACGGAGCUGGUAAAUCCACCAUACUGAAGCUGCUAAUGGGAGAACUGACGCCCAUCAACGGUAGCAGAUACGCCCACAGAAACUUAAAGAUCGGUUACUUCAGUCAACAUCACGUAGAUCAGCUGGACCUCAACGUCUGUUCCAUUGAGCUGCUACUAAAGAGAUUUCCUGGUCAUAUAGAGGAAGAGUACCGUCACCAGCUGGGCCGAUAUGGCAUCACAGGAGAGCUGGCCACCCGGCCGGUGGCGAGUCUUUCAGGAGGACAGAAAAGCCGUGUGGCCUUUGCACAGAUGACCAUGCCGUGCCCCAACUUCUACAUUCUGGAUGAACCGACAAAUCAUCUGGACAUGGAGUCGAUUGAGGCCCUUUCAAAAGCCCUCAACACGUUCAAAGGCGGUGUGGUUCUGGUGUCCCAUGAUGAGCGACUGAUCAGGCUGGUCUGCAAAGAGCUUUGGGUAUGUGAGGCGGGACGAGUCAAUCGUGUGGAUGGAGGCUUCGAUGAGUACAAGGACAUCUUGCAGGAACAGUUUCGACGAGAGGGAUACUUGUGAUUGAUGCCUGUCAUUUCAUUACAAACACCAAAACUGCCAUCUUACCAGAGAGCGUCUGCAGUCGCAAGGGCCAGUAGGCUGUUUGGAUGUUCUUACUCCAGGCCAUUUCACUUCAAAGUUCCCAAUUCACGUACCUCGCAUACUCUUGCGCAAGCCAACAAAUUGAAGAUCACAUAAAGGAAAGUGGAUAUAUGUACAAACUAAUGUUGUACUUGGCACCACUUUGAAUAGAUCACUCAAAAUGCUAAAAUAAAUUAACUCUCCAACCAU